AAAAAAUUACCAGCUAUAAAAACCCCUCUCCUUUCUCUCUUCCGUUCUUAAUCCUGCACAUAGGCCCGAUGCUUCGAUUUCCACUUCCUCAAACCUUCACAACAGAAAAUACCUAAGAAAAAAGCGCGGGAAAAAGUGGCGAUGAUUAGCUUCUGCAAAAGUAGUUUCCAUUCGAUACUCGGCAUCCCCGAAUCCGACGAUCGCCGGAAUCCUCCUCAUCGGUGGAGCCACAUUUUCCCUCCACCCGACCACGGCGGGCUCCGCCUCCUUGCUACCGAUUCCCCCAAGCCUCCUCACGUGGUCGAAUACCCUGCUGUAAGGCUCGACACAUGCGGCGAGAAGUCGCCCGAUCCCGGUGCGUGGGGACUUCACGAGGCAUCGGCGGAUGCGAGGGGACUCGGCCUCUGCACCGAGAGCCUUGGAUCCGAGAGCUGCGACAGCGGGAUUGAAAUCAACGAAGGCGAUGAAUCGGCAGCGGAGAUCGAGAAACGGAAUUCACGGCGACCGUCCCGGAGGCGAAGGGCGGAGGUGCGGCUCCCUCCGCCGCUGCCAUGGAUGAUGGGGCGCGGAGGUCGGAGGACCCGAUUCUUGAAGGCUGAGCGAAGGGAUGGGCGAUUCGUACUCACUGAGAUCCAGAUCGAUACGCCGCCGGAGAUUCUCCGCGCUGUCCGCAGCGACGGCAGGCUUCGUCUGGAACUCGUCGAAACGGAGGCGGAAGGCGAAGGGGAGGCCAUCGAUUGUUCGGAAAGAGAAGAGCACUCACCGGAGACAGUGGAAGCCGCGGGAGACGAGGGAUCGGAGGAGAAUGGUGAACGGUGGGAGUUGCCGCUGGUGAGGACUGAAGCGCAAAGGUGCCUCGAGGCGGUCAGUAGUGACGGAGGUACUCCCAUUUGGUGGGAUCACCGCUUCGCCACGAGAGCGUGAGCGAGAAAGUAAAAGGCCGUUGAGAUGGACGUGAAGCGGUAACCUUACCUCCGGCUGGCACCAGCCUGGCUCGUUUACUGAUCGCCGUCGUUUCCAAAAAUAACAAACAUAAAACGGAUUUUUUUUUUCUUUUUUUUUUGUGCAAGAAGCGAGGAAGGGAUAAUAUCCGGAUUUUUUUUGUGUGCAGAAAAUAGCUUCUUUUUUCUU